AUGCACAUGCACCCGCACAGGCGAGAAUAUCUACACUUGAUCUCACCUUACUUUCACACUUGCCCAUCACCCAAAACACCUGCGAGAUGGAAAUCAAAACUUCAGUCCAUAUACCGCAAUAGUCAACUUGCAGCAAGAUUUCUGAAAAGCAAAUCUCAAGCCAGAUGUUUCCCGCAGUCCGCAUCAGGGCCGAUAAGCGAGAGAACAAAAAACAUGCUCUCCCACACAAAGUGCCAUUCAACGGCGAAGAUCAAUCAAAGUUUGCUGCCUGCCACGCCACGCUACGGAUACUACCACACUCGCUCGCGGCUCAGUCCGGCACAGGCUUCUACAGAUAAUGAUGAGCAUGCAAGAAUCUCUGCCGCGAAUAUCGGCCCUGGUCUAGGCCACGGGCUUAACAUGACCGUCCAUCGUCCACUGGCCACCGGUCCACCCCGAAUUCAUGAAACCAAGAGGCAGGCAGAGAAGAUGCAGAUGAUUCCCUCAACCGCUCUCCAAAGCCAUCUGCUUUACAAUCAAUCCAUCAAUCUCCGUGCACAACACAUCGACACAUCAUCACUAUGGUCCAAAUCUCAUCUAGUCCAAAUCAUUCACCCUCUUUAUCAUGUGAAGAUGGCUACAACUGCCUCACUCACUCAAAUCUGGAUGAUCUGGGCCUGCAUCACCUUACCUAAGAAAAAACAAGGUUUCCCUCAUGCCGCCAUCUUACCCCGUCACGUCUCGGGAGGCACAGCUUCCUACACAUCCGGGGCGACCACAGCGCCAGUCCCUCAGCACGUGGCACCACGGAUGUUGCUUAUCUUUGUCCUGCUAAAGAGACGUUUCCGGAUCAUGCGUACAUUUGUCAUGAGUUGUCAAACAGGUUUGUUCAUUGGAGCUGAGUUGCGCUUCAUCCACCGGAAAGCAAAGAAAAUUGGGAAUCAAUUUUGCAUAUCGCAUGAAAAGAUGCCGGUCAGGCAUUAUUUAGUCGAAAACCAUGCAGAUGAGGUGGAGGCGGAUGCCAUUCCUAGAGGCAGAGUAUGUCCUCAGGCGAACCACACCCAAGUAGUGCCCUGCAGCUGCAUCAUGACAGCAGGCAAGGGUCUCAAAAGUUCAUCAUGGCCACUCUUGCAAAUGUUCCACGAGGUAGCGUCAGGAGUGUGCAUCAUGGAGAAUGUGGAGAUCAUGUGCAAGCGAGAACGUGCCAUCAUCAUCGUCAAAUGCCAGGUUCAGUGCAUCGAGAUAUCAGCGCGCUUAAGCAAAGCCAGAGGCAGCUUGCCUAGCUCUUCCGUGGGUGGUCCUCUCCCCCAAUUCGUGAUUUUGUCCAAAGAAAACAAGGUGGGCGCUGUGCUGUUGCAAGUCCAGCGGGAUAAGAAGUAUACGUAA